CAUUUUCCUAUAUAGUGACUUUGGAAAAUUCCUCUCCGAUUUCGCUGGGAAGUGCAGGAAGCUCUCACUGGUAGAGGGUUGCCUGUUACUCUCUCCAGUUCUGCAGCUCACAUCUGGAAAGGAUCUGGCUUGGAAAGGGGAGACUCACUCUGAGCUCAGUGCAUGUUACUGACAUGGCAUGAGCUGAGAGAGCCUGUGGGGGCAAGAGAAAUGUUCUUCUCCAUUCAUCUCAUUUCUGACAGCAAAGGGGCGAUGCCCGCCGGCGGCCGGGCGCUGCUGGCGCUGCUGGGGCUCCCGGCGCUGCUGGCCCUGGGCUGCGCCGCCGACAGCGACUUCGCCGAGGGCGGCCCGGAGCGGCGGCAGCCCGGGCCCGGCCCCGCCUGCCCCCGCGAGUGCGGCUGCACCCAGGAGGGCGUCGUGGACUGCGGCGGCAUCGACCUCAAGGAGUUCCCGCUGCUGCUGCCCGAGCUGACCAACCACCUCUCCCUGCAGAAUAACCAAAUAGAAGAAAUCUUUCCAGAAGAGCUUGCUCGUCUUUAUAGACUGGAAACUCUCAAUUUGCAAAACAACAGGCUGACUUCAAAAGGGUUACCAGAGGAAGCAUUUGAGCAUCUGGAGAACCUGAAUUACCUGUACCUGGCAAACAAUAAGCUAACAGUGGCUCCAAAAUUCCUACCAAAUACCUUGAUCAGUGCAGAUUUUGCAGCCAAUUAUCUCACUAAGAUAUAUGGGCUCACAUUUGGACAGAAACCAAACUUGAGAUCUGUGUAUCUUCAUAACAACAAACUUUCAGAUGCUGGGUUACCUGAUAAUAUGUUCAAUGGCUCUAAUAAUGUGGAGAUACUCAUCAUGUCCAGCAAUUUCUUGAAGUAUGUUCCAAAGAAUCUCCCUCCAGCACUAUAUAAAUUACACUUACAGAGCAACAAGCUGGAGAAGAUUCCCAGAGGAGCCUUCAGCGAGCUUGCCGGUCUGCGGGAGCUGUAUUUGCAGAAUAACUACUUGUCUAAUGAGGGAAUGGACAAUGAAACUUUCUGGAAAUUGUCUAGUCUUGAAUAUCUGGAUUUGUCCAGCAAUAACCUCUCACAAAUCCCAAGUGGUUUACCUCGAAACAUCGUCCUCCUCCACCUGGAGAAGAAUGCAAUUAAGGUGAUUGACAGAGAUGUCUUGACCCAAAUUAAGAACCUGGAGUACCUUCUGCUCCACAAUAACAAAUUAAAAGCCCGAGGUAUUCACCCCUUAGCCUUCCAGGGCUUAAAGAAGCUGCACACUGUCCAUCUGUACAACAACAUGCUGGAAAGGAUCCCCAGCGGGCUGCCCCGGCGAGUGAAGACACUGAUGAUCCUUCAUAACCAGAUCUCAGAGAUUAACAGGAAUGACUUUGCUACCACUUACUUCCUUGAAGAGCUGAACCUGAGCUACAACAAGCUCACAAGUCCCCAGAUCCAUCGGGAGGCCUUCCGUAAACUGCGGCAACUGAAGUCUCUGGAUCUUUCUGGAAACAAUCUCCACACGGUGCCUUUUGGCUUUCCAAAGAACUUGCAGGUUCUAAAGCUGAAGGAGAACGAGAUAAGCACCAUCCCAAAAGGGACUUUGUCUGGGAUGACAAAACUGAGGGAACUGUAUUUGAGCAACAAUAAACUGAAAGUAAAUUCAAUUUAUUCACGAGCAUGGAGAGAACUCAGCAGUCUUCAGUCACUAGACAUGGCUGGCAACCAACUGACAUCUAUCCCAUUAGGCCUGCCAGAAUCUCUGGAAUAUCUGUAUCUCCAGAACAACAAGAUCACAACGGUUUCAGAGAAUGCUUUUGAAUCCACACCCAAAAUAAAGGGGAUUUACCUCAGGUUUAAUAAGAUUGCAGUUGGAGUACUGAAAGAAAGUACCUUCCAAAACCUGAAGCACUUACAGGUACUGGAUAUUGAAGGGAACCUUGAAUUCAGCAACAGUUCAAAGAAUAAGGAUGACUCAGAAGAGGAAAUGGAGGAUGAGGAAGAGGAAGAGGAAGAAGAACUGAGAUAAAAUGUGAACUCACACAAUCCCAUCAUGUGGGAGGAAAACAUUUGGAAAAAAUACAUAUAUGUCUAUGUGUAUACAUCUAUAAAUAUACAGAGAGCACUUAGCAAAUGUGCAAUGAAUUACACAGAAACUGGUGUGGCACUGGGCCAGGCUCAUGGAAGACAGUGUGUUUCAGUGCCUUAUUCAGGGAGAGACCCUGAAUGCCUUUCCAAAGCUUCCAAAUCAUCUUAUACAAGACCCAGGAUCAUAAGGGAUUGCUCUGGAACUCACAAAAGCUGGCUUUUGUUUCUUCUGUUUCUCUUCCCUCACUGUUUCCAUCUGUAAUAACAAUAUGGGACUGUUUUGAACACAGGCCUUCAAAUGCCAUUUUUGUCACUGCAUUUUAAGUGAACCAUGUUUAUGCCUCUUUUCUUUUCCUCCACCCAAAAGAAGCUGUUCUUGGCCAAGGCAGAUGAAUAUUUGCAGUAGUUUAAUGUGCAGAGCUAAGUAUGAGGCAUUUUGGUCAUCAAGCAGCAGUAAUAAUUCUGGAUGCAAUUAUUUCUCUGUUAUAACAAUGUGUAUAUUUGGAUGAGAAAAACAAAAUAAGGCUGGAUCCCGUAAUAUUUUAUCUCUACUGCCAAAACCUGCAGUAUAUUCCUGUUUUAGAAUGGUUUUAAGAUAAAACAAUUCCUCUUGUGAAUAUAUAUAUAAAUACAUAUAUAAAAUGUCUGCCUUCCAGA